AUGUACCUAAAGUGUCUGCCACCGCUCGAUCUAGCGAACACUAACGCCUCGGCACCGUUCCAUCCAGGUAUGAGCUGUACGGGGGACCCGAGGCUCCUCUUUCAACGCAACUCCUCCUCGUGGAUACCGGAAACGGACAAACCGUACAUGUGCACCAACUGCGGCAAGGGUUACACUCACAUAUUCACGCUGAACCGUCAUCGUCGAACGGUAUGCGGUAAGGUCAGGAACACUAACGGCAAGUGGAAGUGUGCGCGUUGUUCGAGGUCCUACGUGACGGAAGGGAAUCUCGUCCGUCAUGUGAAGUUCGAGUGCGGCGUGAGGAGGAAGUUCUGCUGUAUCUUCUGCAAUCGCAAGUUCACGCAACGUUGCAGCCUGAUCAGACACCUGAGGAACUUCCACAACGAGAGCAUCGACAGCAGCAACAGCGCGAUCCCACCAGAGUAUCCGCCGAUGGACACGUGUCAAAUGGAAGUGAAAAAGUCCGAAGACACUGCAACUGUAAAAGAAGAGUUUCGAGGCUGCUUGUCGGGCCAACAGUUGGACGACUCGCUGGCGCCGGACCAAUCCGGCAAGCCUGUCUUUGUCUGUCCGAAGUGUGGCAAAGGUUACACCUGGAAGGCAAGUCUGCAACGCCACUUGAGCACCGGUUGCGGACUACCGCCGAUGUUCUGCUGCAAGUUGUGCGCCUACAGGACCAGCCGGAAGGACAUACUCUUCAGGCACAUGAGACACGUGCAUUCACGGCUCCCGGCUUAGCGUAAAUCUCGAUCCGUCCGAUCUGUCGCAGGGUCUCGCACCGAAGGAUCUUCCUACCACUGUCAUAAACGGCACAUGUGCGGCUUCUGCAAAAAGGUCUUCCCUCUGAAGAACCUGCUCAGGAGGCACGUGCAGUUCGGCUGCAAGAUGAACCCGAGGAACUCGCAGUUCGCCUGCUCCAUCUGCCCUUACAAGAGCACCUACAAGGCGAACAUGGAGAGGCACGUACGAAACGUUCACGAUACAGCGUCGUUGUGGCCUUACAAGACCAUCUACGCGAACGAUCGGGAACAACAACUCCGUCAGGGUGGAAACUCGGAUAUUCGUGAAAGGAGUUUCGUUUGCGUGGACUGUGGCAAGGCGUACGUGGUUCACAGAUCGCUCUGGAGACACCGAAAAUUUGAAUGCGUGAACGCCAAGCCGAAGUUCACGUGCGAGGUGUGCCCUUACAAAAGUCCUCACAAGUGGUGCAUAGAGAAUCACAAAAAGAGGCACCACACCAACAUUUACAAUUGAUACUUCGAUAUUGCUCGUUGAACGAGAAACGAAGAACGCGCAAGGUGUCAUCGUGAUGUUUCUCGCUUAGGAACAGUAUUUUUAAGAAUACACACAAAUGUAAUCAAAACCCCCAUCCCGAUUUGUU